AUGUAUCAAUGCCUCGGUCAAGUUACCACUGAAUUUACUAACAAAGGUGAAAUAUAUGAUUCGACAAUAACCUAUGAAGAGUUAUUUAAAGGCGGUCAUGUUGUCUGGUUUAUGAUUGCUUUUCAAGCACAACUUAAUUUGCCGUUAGGCUUGACAGACUCCAUCUUUGGUUAUAAUAUGCUCUAUCCUUACACUGAUGAUCUAGUAGAUAGUAAUGAUAUAUCACGAGAGGCAAAAAAAGAAUUUGCUAAAAUUUUUCAUGAGCGACUACUUUUUGGCGAAUCAAAAUAUGAUCCCAAAGUACAUUUUGAUGGAAGACCAUCGAAUAUCGCUGAUCUCGAUUUAUUGCCAUUAUUGCAACCAUAUGCCGAUCGAAUAGUAAAAAUCUUUGAUAUGGUCAAAUUUAUUGAAAACGAUUGGCAACGUGGCGGUGAAUAUGAAGGUGUCUAUAUGGCUUUAGCUACAAUUCAUGAAUCACAAAUGAAAUCUACGCUGCAACAUGCAAAAGUGGAAGAUGGAUAUGAACCAACAAUGGCACAAAUUGAGCAAGUCAGUGCUGAAAAGGGAGGUGCAUCGUUGAUUGCAGCCGGAUUUUUGGUAGAAGGUCAAAUGACAAGAGCUAAACUGGCCUAUUUAGAAUACAUCGGGUUUGCUUUACAGUUGCUCGAUGAUUUACAAGAUCUACAUGAAGAUAUGAAAAAUAAUCAUCGAACUAUUUUUACCCAGUCUCUGGUCGAAGGAAAAACAUUAGAUGAACCAACAGCUCGCCUUAUUCAAUAUUGUUAUUGUGCACCAGCGGAUGAAAAAUUUAGUGACGACAAACGUACAGCAUCAGAGAAUCAAAGUGGUAUCACAUUCGCUCACUAUAUACGUAUUUCGAUGAUGAGGUUUUCAAUAGUACUGAUCUUAGAGGCUGCUUCUCGACUAGAAAAAUAUUAUUCAAAAGAAAUCUACAGUGAACUAUCUAAACUCAGCCCGAUACCAUUUGAUCAACUUAAAACAAUUCGGGUGGAAGAAAGACUUUGGGCAAUCGUACAAAAUCAAUCGUUUUGA